AUGGGCCUUUUCUACCUCUUCGGGGCUGCCCUCUUUGGUGCUUCUGCUCAAGGUCUAGUCUUUACGGGGCCGCGACCGACAGAUAGUACAGAUCAUCUCAACGCGCUUGCAGAAGAUGGCUGGACACCAGUCCCCACGCCCGGCCCUGGCAUCCGCGAAGUCCUCCGACGGCAAGAUAGCCUGGCGUCAACCUACCUUGUGGCGCCAGACAAUACCUGUGGUUUCAUAAGCGGGAGGGAGAGUGGGGCGUAUACAUGCGGCCAAUCCAACUUGCGAUGUGCCUUCAUCCCAUCCUCGGCCAAGAUUCCCGGCGCGGCGGGCUGCUGCAACGGCAGCCAGUGCGCUUUCCGCGUGUCGUGCCUUGACCGCGAGGACUUGAAGUCCUGUGACAAGUCUUGUCAGGCCGACACAAUGACCCUGAAAUGUUCGGGAUCAGCACGCUUCUGCAACACGGUCGCCUUUCCGCUAGGAGUCACCGACUAUUACUGUGCCACACGCAGGAUAGCAAGCGUCCAGAAGGCCGAGACGACGCACAGUGGCCAGCGCAGCAGGAGCAUGGUUUCAACCGUCAUUGGCGAAACGACCUCAACGUCAACCAAGACGAGCACUUCCAGCAAGCCGUCCUCUGGCUCUUCAACCUCAUCGCCGCCCGAAACCGCCUCUUCAGAUGCCGUCUCCUCGACGACCAGCUCUUCCGCAACCGAUUCUACAAGUGCUGGCGCAGCGACUACCUCGGCAGAUCUCGAAGUCGCCCCAGCCCCUUCGGCCCCGGUAGGCGCCAUCGUAGGAGGUAUCCUUGGCGGCAUCGCCCUCCUUGCUCUGAUAAUCUUCGGCACCGUCUUCCUCCGUCAGCGGCAGCUGAAGCGCCUACAAGCAUUGCAAGCCCAAGGCCCUUCGCCUUCAGCCGGCCAACAACCGCCCAUGUCCCAACCGCCUUUCCAGCCACAACCACCAGCCAACCCCUUCGCCGACCCACCACCACCAUCCCCCUAUUCCUCUCAAGCCCCACCAUCGCCUGCCAUAUCCGCCGUGUCCGCCCACCAGUCUCCCGUACGGGCAUAUGGCACGGCGGCGACGGCGGCAGCAGCAGCAGCCGGAGCAGCCGCCGCAGCGGGCACCUUCAGAUCCCAGCAGCAGCAAACCCGCAGCAACCCCCGCUUCUCGUACGAGCAAAUAAAACAACCACCACAAGCACAAGCGACUUACUACCCCCAGCCUCCCGCAUACGACCAGGAUUCUUCCUACCCCUACCCCAUGCAGGACGAGACGUGGUUAGGGCUAGGUCUAGGGGAGCGACAACAACAAGCAGCACAGCAAAGCGUGCCAUCCACGCCCGUCUCAACAAUCCAUGACGCCAUCCCCGUCACGCCCGCCUCGGCACUCAGCACCGGCGCCGGCGGCAGCGGCAUUGGCAGGGACCAGAGCAUCAGCAGCAUCAGCAGCGGCGGGAGGAGCAGCAGAAACAACCUUGCUGCGGCUGCGGCUGGUGGUAGUGGUGGGAAACAAUAUCAAGGACCGGGAGGGGGAGGCGGAGGAGGGGACAACAAUAUCAUGGCCGGCGUGCCGCUCAUCCUCCAGCCCGGCAUGGGCAUGCAGCGGCUCAAGCCCUCGGUUGUGACGGUGCGGCGGUCGCCCUCGACGAGGUCUGGGGCUGUCGGGAGCGGGAGCGGGAGCUAG